GAGAGGGCGUGGAGGUCUUCUUAUAGAGAAAUAAAGUGACACCAGUCAGCAGUGGCUCAGCCAGCUUCACAUGAACUAAUACUGACUGCUUAAUUUCUCACAAAAUAGUUUAAAAUUUGGAUUGGAUCAUAGCAAGGAGAGGAGCAUGCAGAUGACCACUUGACUGACAGUGAGAGCCUUUUGUUUGCUGUCAUGAGCUCCCCGUCUCCUUUAACCAUCUGCCUGUGUAUACAGCUAUCACUGUGUCUUCUGGGUUCAAAUGCCUCUGUUGGUACCAGCCUGUGGGGUAAGAAGGGGCAGUUUGGUAUUCGUCCGUGUCUGUGGCAGCUAGACUCCAAAGUUGUGGUACCGGCCCUUACAGAGCUGAGUGUAUGCAUACUCUUACGCCACAAUAUUGCAGCAAAGUGGACAGCUUUUGUCUACAAAGCACCAGGAGGUAUAGAUGUAGAGCUUGGGAUUAGGGGCACAACUACACAGCUCACUGUAUUGCUGUUUGGAGUGGAACAGACCCUGGAAAGCAAUCUGAGACUGAAGGAAUGGUACUCUGUCUGUCUCACCUGGUCGAGCCAAGCUCAGAGGCUGAGGGUCUACAUCAACAACACCAUUCUGGGUGAGGCCCCAGUGAAUCGCACCCUAGCCCAACGACUGGCCCCAAACGGCACGCUCACUUUGGGGGUUUCUCAUAAUGUGGACGCAAAUGGUAAAGUGCAGCCAGAGACUGAGAAUGACCUUAUCGGUGAGAUUGGUCUGUUCAGGAUAUGGGCCAGAGAAUGGAAUGCUGAGGACCUGAGGAGGCAGAGCUGUGCAGAUGGAGAUGUGGUGAGCUGGGACCUCAGGCACUGGACACAUGACUGCUUUCCUGUGCCUGACAACAGCCUAUAUUGUGCAUGGUCACUCUACAAAAUCAAAAUGUGGACACUGGCAUCUGGAAACUGUUCAGUCACACUGGUGGGAGUCACCAGAAACUGGCUGGAGAGCAUUUUCCCUCAUAACAUCUCUGUCCAUGACAUUUCAGUGUCAUCCCCAAGCCAUAUCUGCCGCGUGGUUAAUAAUUCAGCUGCUCUACAUGUGCAACAACCUCAGGGAUCAAGAGCAUUAUCAGACUCCACCUGUGACAUGUGUUUUAGCUGUGAAGUCUAUGUGAAUGUGGAUCCUGCUGCUAAUGUAGGAGAGGUUCAGACAGAUAUUACUGCACGGUUGAGUUUGCCCUUCUUUUACAACUUCCUCAACCUGACAGCUGACCCCUCUAGCAUCAGCAUACUUCCUGCGGAGUUAUUCCCCAUGACAGAACCAUCAACAACUGUCAGUACUGGUGUAACUACAUCGGGUAAGGGAUGA